AUGAAGAAGAAGAAGAGUCCAGAUCAUGAAUACCAAGUUCUCUACGUCCAGGAAGGGGUUUCGAUCACAUUACCCUGUACCUAUACACCUACAAACAUCGAUACGGUCGUUAAUUUUUACUGGUAUGCUAAGCAUGCUAUCAAGCAAGCCAAGUCCAUAACGUUAUAUGCAAACGAAGAAAUUAAGCAGGGAGCUGAAGAUGUAGCGGGGAAUUAUUCGCUUGUUUACCGGAAGGUCAACCCGGCUCCCUCAGGCAGUUCGAACCUCACAAUUUUGUCUGCACACCGAGACAAUCCACGGAUCUACAAGUGUCGGGUCUCGGCCCCGAAUUGCAGAUUCGAUCGAAGUUUUACUGUCAUCGUUAAUUUUUCCGCCACUAUCCAAUAUAUUGGACCAAGAAGGGCGCCACAUUGGACCCCCGCGGAGCCGGGUAAGAUAACUGUCAACGAGACCGAUGACGUCACGCUCAUUUGCUAUUCCAGAGGUGAACCACCGCCAUUUAAUUCCUGGGCUAAAACAAACCAUGAUGGAGAGGUCAUAUAUAACAUAACACUUUCAGAGAAGAAAUCGAAUGGAAAUUUAACGUUAACUAACGUAUCAAGAACGCAGAGUGGAAUAUAUAGAUGCCAGUCCAGUAACACAUAUGGAAAUGAUACGACAGAUGUGGAACUUGAAGUACAAUAUGCCCCAGAAGUACUAACCUACCAAACUGACAUCCGGGCUGCUCCUGGCGAGGCACUUUCAAUUGUUUGUAACGUCACAGCUUUGCCCGAGCCUCUGGAUUUCUAUUGGUUAAAGGAUGACGUCAGAAUCAAAGAUGGCGACGAAGAUGAUGAGGGGUCGAUCCCUAACGCGUAA